GAUAGGCAAAGGGCUCGCUGCAGGUCCUGAUUCGGAACGAGUGGUACCGGUCGGCCGCUGGAUCCGUAAUUGUGAGUGGAGUAUGGACGAGUGCGGGUGUGUGUGCUGAUGGGUGAUGGUGAUGCUGACGGUGCUGUUAUGAUGACAGUGGCGGUGAACGCUUUUCGAUUCUGAGAUAUAUAUCCUAAAACGUAAAUGUUCAUCAGUGUCUUGCACACUGUAAAUCGCAACAAAGGAUAAUUACAUCUUCGAGACAUUCGACGAACCGAAUUAACGGUCAGCUGAUUCAAAACGAUAAUAUAGAAACGAACAGCGGCAUGCGAGGGAACGUAGCCGCGUUGCCCUCGAUCUCGUCCCACUCACAGCCGGUCUCCGCUUAGUAACAAUGAGAAUAUAGUAUAAUAUAAUACUAGGUCGUUUUAAGGUAACGAUAUCUCUAAAGUCCCUUUCAAAAACAAGAACGGCAACAGGAACAAAUCAAACGACAACACCAACGAAAACGACGACAAUCAAAAAAACGAGCAGCAGAUAGCUUUAAUUUUUUUACGAUUACGACGAGAAGUGGCAAGAUACAAAAGAAGUCAGCCGGAGAAGUAGAUGUACACUUGCACGUGUAAUUGAGUUGACUGUGUCUUGGUUUAAAGGGCGGGCGGCAAUGAACUCUCAAGUUCUGAAGAACAAUGUCUCAUUUUGACUUUCUAAAGGCAUCCUUCCAUCAGAGCAGUGAUUUCUUCGUUCUUAGCGUUGCUGUUGUUGUCGUUGUCGUCGUUAGUGGAAAUACGUUCCAUGCACUAAGAAUAGAAUGAAUGAAAGCUUUAGACGUUUGCAAUCCAAAAGUUAACUCAAUCAUUUUUUUUUAAAGUGAAUACAGUUUCUGCCACUCAAGUGUUUUUAACCUUCUGUUUGAACAAAUGUAAUCCGUACGUACGUAAAUACGUACAAAAGAGGAAUUUAUCAAAACAAAGAAAGACAAUGACAAGAGAAGUGAUCAUCAAGUUUAUGAUUGUGUAACGAUCUCAGCUUUCACGUAGAAUAGAGUAUGUGUUAUUUUGUGUUUUUGUGUGCAAUGAUAAUCGUAGGUGAGUUCAGAUAUGCAGUCGAUUUUCUGAGCCACGCUCUACAAAUAAUGUCGAUGGCGACCCACCGACUAUUCUAAUAGAAAAAGUAAUAAACCUCACCAAUGACCGACACUAGUGACAAUAACCCAGGUAAAAACAUUUGAAGUAACAAAGAAACCAAUUUAAUAUGUCACAAGCAAUUCAACGUAUGCCGCGUAUUCGUGGUAUGAUCCGACCACUAUCGGUCCUUAGUGUUAGCGGCGCUAUCCGUCCGUUAAGUGGAGGUGCGCCUGUUCGUGUGGAGUACAUAGACAGGCCCUUCGUAAGACGGGGUGAAAGCUGGCACCGAAGGUAUGCUUGGACUGCCGCUGUCUUCUCCGGAGGUUGCAUUGGGAUGGGCUAUAUUGUUGCCAAAUAUUUCGCUAAUGAAGUCAAGGAAGUCCAAUCAUCAGAAUUCUAUGACUCCUCGACAGACCACGCAGCGGCAGAAGAGCUUCAGCUAACGCCACGAGAAAAACGAUUUAUGAGAUUCGCUUCUGUCGAGUACGAUGGCCAACUUUAUAUGACACCGCAAGAUUUCCUCGAUUCCGUCACAGAUCCUGACCCACGUUCUCGUAUCAGCCGGCGUAAGCUAAGUCGGAAAGACUUAGAUAAGAUGACAGAUGUAACCCCGUCGAAAAAAAAGGGCAGUACCAAGUUGUUCCGAGAGCUGAAUGACACAGGAAUCAUUUCGUACACUGAAUACUUGUUUUUACUCUCCGUUUUAACCAAACCGCACUCUGGAUUCAGGAUAGCGUUCAACAUGUUUGACACGGAUGGCAACCAAAGAGUGGACAAGAACGAGUUCUUAGUGCCCUACUUCAUCAUUCACUCAAACUCUGUGAUGGCGAUGUUGGCGCUCCAUUUUCUUCGGGGGCAGACAAGUCAGUUCAUGUCGGUCGAUAAAAAAAAACUCGAGAGAAUCUUUAGUACUGUCGCUCGUCGCGGGAAGAAUAUGCGAUCUGUCCAAGAAACGGAUGUGAAUGAGCUGUCAGCGGCCGCAGGCCAUGUGAAUACUACAUUGCUUGUUCAUCUGUUCGGGCGAAAGGGCAAGGAAACGCUCUCAUUUGAAGACUUCUUUCGAUUUAUGGAGAACCUGCAGUCUGAGGUGUUGGAAUUGGAAUUCAUCGAGUAUUCUAAGGGAAAGGCUAUCAUUAGCGAAGUUGAUUUUGCACGUAUCUUAUUGAGAUACACAUACUUGGACUCUACUGGAUACGAAGCUGUUUUGGAACGUCUUCAGGAACGCAUUCCCGAGACCCGAGGAAUCUCAUUUGAACAGUUCAAAGCGUUUUGUCAAUUUCUUAAUAACCUCGAAGACUUCGCCAUCACCAUGCGGCUAUUCACCUUUGCAAAUCAACCUAUCUCAGAAGAGGAUUUCCGCCGUGCGGUAUAUGUGUGUUCCGGCCAUAAUCUCAAACCACACCUCGUUCAUACGGUGUUUCAAAUUUUCGAUGAUGAUGGAGAUGGCUUCCUUUCCUAUAAAGAAUUUAUUGCGAUCAUGCGCGACCGUCUACAUCGUGGCUUAAAGGCCCAGCUAGGUCCAGCCGACGCAUGGGAAGCUUUCAAGAGUUGCGUCAAAGAUGAAUUGCGGUGCCAGAGGAGCGGUAACAUUAGUCAAGCAAGUUUCGGGUCGCUGAGCACGAUGUUAGAAGACAAAAGCAAUUAUUAUAAUGUCUAUAUCCGUCGGCGGCGGCGGAGGUGGUAGAAGACGCGGGGGUAUUCCGGCAGAUGACGUGCUUCAAACCCAAGGAAUGCCACGAGUUACAGAAAUAGGAGUUGGACUCAGCUGACGGUGAACUCAUACACAGAACUUCCGUCCGAAGGUGAACAAGGAAAGAUAUAUGGUUCUCGACCUGAGAGAAGAUAUUGAAUUAAUGUACUAAAAUGUCUACCGCUGAUAACGAAAGUACCGAUUUUUAGAUGACGUUCGAUCACUAUGCUACAUAAUUGACGAUCAACAAUUCUGUGACGUACAUGUACAUACUCCUGAGUACCAUGUGCAUAUCAUCACUAGAGUCAACUGCUAGUAUUCUGGUAAUCACUACAAUAAAGAUUUUAUAUGACAGUCGAGAUAUGGCGGGAUGCUAUGAAAACAACAAAAUGAAUAUAACAAACGUUAAAAAGUUCACAAAUAAAGUAGCGAUCGAAAUUCUGAUGAAGAAGAAACAGCCAAAAUAAGAGAUAGUUUUCUGCUUGGUUGCUGAAAGGAACCCGCAAUGAUAUUGUCUGUUAUCGUUAGCUCGAAGUUGGACAAUUACGCUCAGAACGUCUUAUUAACGAUAGUCACAAAUAAUACAAUUUGGAUAAAUAAAGUAAUUUCGAACCACUUCAAUCGCUGCUUUAGUAAUCGAAUAACUCGUUACAAUACAAGGAUUCACCAUAGCAACAGUACUUAGCUACACAACGCUGACAUGCUCAAAAAACUUUUCAGAUCUUAUUGCGAGUGAGAUUCAGCGAAAAUGAUGUUAUGUCUAUGUAUACUAUGCCAUAUUCGCUUAAAAUUGCUAAUGACAUGUAAUCGCAGGACACUUAGUUUGGUAGUUUUGUGUCGUCAUACUUUAUCUCACUCUUGGAAUAUAAUUAAUACAUCACACUGUUUAGUCGCUGUCUUUUGUCGUUACUCGAA